CCGCUUGUUCUCCGCGGCUUAAGGCGGCGCGCGCAAACCUAUAAAUAAACAGGAAGACUCGCGCCGCCACCAUUCCACCAAAGAAAGCAGCGCAGUGAGACAGACGGAUUCGAAUUGACGAUCCAUCCUUUCUUCCUCACCGAUGAAGGUGAAGAGCGACAAGGAUGCGCCGGCGCCGGCGGAGAUCCGCGGCCACCCGUUCCACCCGGCGCACAAGCUGAAACUGAUCACCGCCGACGACGCGGGGGCGGGGAGGUUCGUGUGCGACGGCUGCAAGGAGCUCGGCGGCGCCGGCUGCGCGCGGUACGAGUGCGAGGAGGCCGGGUGCGACUUCGACCUCCACGCGCCGUGCGCGCUGGCGCCGGACGUCCUGCCGGCGGGGCGCGCGCUGUUCAAGGGUGGAGCCGCGUCGUUCGUGCUCCUCCACGAGCCCCCGCCGACGGCGGCGCCCGACGACGGCGACGUCAGGGUCUGCGACGCGUGCGGCGACGACGUGCGCGGCUUCGUCUACCACUGCUUCGACCGCGACCUCGACCUCCACCCCUGCUGCGCGCACCUGCCGGGCCGCGUCGCUCUCGGCGGGGCCGCGUUCGAGCUCUCCUCCGGCGGCACGGCUCCCCGGCGGUGCCUCCUCUGCACGGAGGAGGGGAGCCGCCCCCACCUCCGCCGCAACUACUGGACGUACAGCUCCGACGACCUCGACGGCGAGGCCGUGCACCUGCACGUGGCGUGCGUGAAGAGGAUGGCCUACGAGAGCUCUAGAGCCGGCAGCAGCAGCAGCCACCGCACCGACGGCGGCGGCGGCGGCCGGAACAUGCCGGUGAUCAGGGCUCCGGUUCAGGCGGCGGUGGCUCUGCGGAAGAAGAACGGGAGGCCUAGGAGCAAGCUCAAGAAGCUCCUCAAGAUCGUCGUGUUCGUCCUCCGCGUCAUCGCCGGCGUGUUGUUCGGUGACCCGACGGCGAUGGCCGUGGCGGUGGUGGGGUUAGUCUUCCCCAACGGUUAGGGAUCAUGGUCGGCAAUAGGAGUACUAGGGGUUUGAUUUGUUGAAUAAUCCCCUAAACUUUUUGAGUUUAGGAUGCGUUUUUGUUUAAAUUUGAUUGAUUGGGCGCAUGGCCAUGUUUGGAGAAGCCAGCGUCAGUUUAGAUGCGUGUCGUCGACGUUGAGCUCGUCGCGCGCAAAUAGGUUUUUAGCUAGGGAUUUACCAUCAUUUGUUGUUUUGUAUAGCAGUUUUGUUGGUAUAAUUUGUGAGAGGAAUAAAAUCAGAAAUGCUGCGCGGUUCUUGCAGCACAAAA